AUGAGAGAUCAGAUGGAUGUGAUGUGCUGUAAAUCAGAUGUAUCUGGUGUCUCUCUCUGUGGCUUUACUGAUCAAACAUCUACAGAUCUUCUGGUUUCUGUCUGUAAUGAAGACCAGAAGACAUCAGUGAAUCUGCUGGACUGUGGGAUAGAAGUGAAACAAGAAGACACAGAAGCAGAUGAAAGUGAUUUAAUUGAUUCAGAUCAGAAAGCGGUAAAGGAGGAGCUCAGUGAAAUUGAGGAGAAUUCUCAUCAUUUGAUAUCCAAGGAAGAAUCUCUGAGCUGCUCGAUUACUGUGAGGAAUUUUUCACCUAAAAGAAAAAACAAGCAAAAGGCAACAGCCAAGGAUGCUAUUAUUUGCCCUCAGUGCGGAAAGACCUUCCCCUAUAAAUGUAAACUUAUUGAGCACAUGAGUGUUCACACUGGAGAAAAACCUUACAGGUGUGAUCAGUGUGGAAAGAACUUCAAGAAUAAAUGGAACCUUUAUGUUCACAUGAGAGUCCACACUGGAAAAGAGCCUUACAGAUGUGAUCAGUGUGGAAGAAGUUUCAAUAAUAUAGGUCACCUUAAUUACCACACGAGAACCCACACUGGAGAAAAGCCCUACAGAUGUGAUCAGUGUGGAAAAAGUUUCAAUGAUAAAGGUCACCUUAAAUACCAUACGAGAACCCACACUGGAGAAAAACCUUACAGCUGUGAUCAGUGUGAAAAAAGUUUUUAUAAUAAAUGUCACCUUAAUUACCACACGAGAACCCACACUGGAGAAAACCGUUACAGAUGUGAUCAGUGUGAAAAGAGUUAUAUUCGUAAGUUCGAUCUCAAGAGGCACAUGAGUAUUCACACUGGAGACCGGCCUUAAAAAGCAGCUACACUGAUUUUUACAGUUAAAUCGUUCAGAUGCAAAAUCAAUAAAAAAAUGCCACCUCAGUCAGAAAAGAGAUAAUGAUAUUAAUCAAAUGCUCAUUUACAAGAAAACACGUCAGGGUGGUUCCAGACCCUUUUUAUAAAGUUUAAACUCUGAUAUGUUGUUAAAAUGAAAUAACAUUUUUGAACAUAAGUUUUCUCAAAAUCUUAAUUUUUUUGGCAUAUGUAAAGGCAACUUGAAUGAGCUUGUGUGCUAUUUUCAUAUUAAAACAAACUUUCAAAGAAAACUAGAAAAUAUUUGUAAAAAUGUAUAUAAUCUAUUGGUAAAGUUUCAUGACUCUUUAAAAAAUCCCCCUGUUCACCUGUAGUGUAGUAGCCUGACGUUGUCAUACUCAAUUCUAGUCAGAAUUUGAGUCUGAUACCGCUCCAUGGGGCUAUGAUUAUGAGGCGUGUCUCAACCGAAAAAUGCCUCUGCACUCAAUUGGAUAGACCUAUGACCAAUCAGAGCGACGGAGUGUGUGACGUAUGUUGAAAUUACGUCUUUUGCAGCCUGACCGAACUGCUAGUUAUUUCGCUACAAUGACACUGUGAUUAUACUAAAUCUGAGUUAGCGAACGUACAUCAACACCUACUAUGUUUACAACAUUUCAUUUAUUUCACAACAUUAAGUAUUUACUAAGUCAUACAGUCAGACUAUCUCUUACCAUUUGUACAUUAGUUGAACUUCAUCCACGACGAUACCCAUUACAUUUGCUUGAAAAAUAUCGGCGCCUAGCAUGUCCCUCCACUUAUUCAGCAGCCACCGCUAAUUAUAUCCAUCUCGUCGUGCACGUUGAGUUGCAUCACCGUGAUACCCAUUUCAGUUGCUUCUUUAUAUUGGUCCUCCAUAAGUGCGACCAACUUUUGCCGAAUCCCGUAGGAAGGACGUCAAAAACAUCUCUCCGAUCAACAAAUGCCUUGAUCGCGUUUCUCUGUUCCUCUUUAAAAUCAAUGCUCUGUCAAUAUCUUUUAGAACAGACUCAAUGUCAGAAUCCACACAGCUGAAUUCUACAGCGGCAGCCAUUUUGUUGUAAAUAGAUUCAACACAUGCGCUCUUUGGUGACGUGGUUGAUUACGUUACUGUCCAUUAUCGUAUAAACCCGCCCUGACAAUUUGAUUGGUCGACCAGCUUUGGGUCUCGCAUAGUAGCUCCUCAACGAAGAAACCCCAGACCGAUCUUCCCGUCCUUUAAAAUCUUGUGGGCGGGGCUAAGAUUGGCUGGCACCCAGGCUAGUAGUGUAGAGUGUUUCUCAACCCUGGUCCUCAAGGACCCUCUUCCAGAAUGUUUUAGAUGUCUCCUUAAUUAACACACCUGAUUUAAAUUAUUAGCUUGAUAGGGAGACAUUCUGGAAGGAGGCUGAUGAGUUGGUUCAGGUGUUUUAAAUAAGGAGACAUCUAAAACUUUCUGGAAGGGGGUCCUUGAGGACCAGGGUUGAGAAACACUGGACUAGAGUAUCGAGAGAGCAAACAGGUGGAGAAAGAGUUAUAUGCCAAUCACACCAAAUGCAACCAUCGAUGCAGCUGUCCUGUCAAUCAAAUAUUGAAGGGUGAGCUCUCUUGCUGUUAAAUGUCAUAUUAGCAAAAACUUUAAAAAGAGGGCGCUUGCUCUGACCUUGUUUGAGGGUGAGAGGUGCACAAACAUGCAGGAGAGAGUGCGUGACACCAGUCCGGUUGUUCCAAGCAAUUGUAAACGAAAGGCAUGCCUCUCCCCUCAUUCGAUUGGACAAUGGAAAGACGCAAAUGACGUUGGGCGCUUUUCCAUUCUCAGCACUCCCUCAAAAAUGCGUGUUGCGGCAGGCGACAAAAACGCAAGGCGUUCUGCGUGCAUAAACAGCACACAUCAUGCUCACUGCCCAUAGAAAAUCAUUCAAAAAAGGCGCCUGCAACUGCCAUAAACGCAUUCGGUGUGAUCGACCCCUUAAGGUACAUUCACAUUAUAAGCGACUACAAAAGAGGCGUUACUAUAUCUGGUUGUCAUAAACAAAUGAGUACCGUCCACUCCAGUAACUGACGAGAGACGGAAGACGUGAACUCCACUGCUUCUUUCUCAUU